GGUGUGUUGGGUGUGUUGGGUGUGUUGGGUGUCGAGCUACGGCGAUGGCAGAGGGUCGCAUCGAGCCGGAAACCCGGGUCAGGUACAGGCGAGCAAAGAGCGUAACGCGAGCCGAGGAGAUACAGAUGGCUGAGAAACGGGUGCGGAGCUCGCAGCCCGACAAACCAUGUCACCGACCCAGGGACAGUCUCUUUUCCUGGACUUCCGGUUUCGAUAAUUUCACCGGAUUUAUUAACUGGGGUUUUCUACUCCUUGGCAUCGGUGGAUUUCGUCUGCUUCUCGAGAAUUUCAUAAAGUACGGAAUCAGGGUGGACCCUCGACAGUGGUUCCUGUUUCUCAGCGGUAGCAACGACGGCGGUGCCGAGUGUCCAUCGAUCGUCUUAAUCCUUUAUUCGACGGUACCUGUUGUCCUGUGCUUACUAAUCGAAAAAGGAUUGGCUGUGGAAAUAAUCGCUCAUGGGCCUGGAAUGGUGUUUCACGUUGUCAAUCUCAUGGUGAUGGUCCUGAUGCCGAUGGUGGUUAUCCACGUGAAGGAAUCGGGCUUCAGUUUGGUCGGUGCGAUGUACGUUUGCAUGCUGUACGCAAUAUUGUUCCUCAAGUUGUGGUCCUACGUUCAGGUGAACAUGUGGUGCAGAACAAGCAGAAAAAGACACGUCAAUUCGCAGGGGAGAAUGCGAAGGCAAUCGCUUUCGUACAACAAUCUUCAGGCCACCAAAGCAAAGCAGAACGGAAAGUUGCCGAAGGAAAAUGGAGACGAAGCUGACGGUAGUACCGAGCUCGUUCAGUAUCCGGACAACUUGAAUUUGGCCGACGUCUACUACUACAUUCUUGCACCGACUCUUUGCUACGAGUUGAAUUUCCCUAGAACUCAACGGAUCCGCAAACGAUUCCUUAUCAAACGCAUACUGGAAGUAGUUGUGGGAUGUCAAGUGGUGAUGUCGUUGUUCCAGCAGUGGAUGAUCCCGUCGGUGAAAAAUUCACUGAUCCCAUUCAGCAAUAUGGACGUCGCCAAGGCUUCGGAGCGUCUUCUUAAGCUCGCUAUUCCAAACCACUUGAUGUGGCUCUGUUUUUUCUACUUAUCAUUUCACUCCUACUUGAAUCUGAUGGGCGAACUACUGCACUUUGCUGAUCGUAAUUUUUACGGCGAUUGGUGGAACUCCAACAACAUCGACACCUUCUGGAGGAGUUGGAAUUUACCGGUACAUCGAUGGGCCGUACGACACUUGUACAUCCCCGUAGUUGAGAUGGGAUACAGCAAGACCACUGCCAGCAUCACCGUCUUCUUCAUCAGCGCGUUCUUUCACGAAUAUUUGGUCAGCGUCCCGCUCAAGACCUUCAAGAUAUGGGCGUUCAUGGGGAUGAUGGGUCAGAUACCUUUGUCGGCGCUUAGCAGAAUCGUCGAGGUACGGUGCGGCGCGAGAUGGGGCAACAUUAUCGUUUGGGCUAGUCUAAUAAUCGGCCAACCACUCUGUAUAAUGAUGUACUACCACGACUAUGUCGUAACACACUUUGGCGAGGCGUUGAUCAACGAUUACUCGGUCGUCUAGUCCGCGAUUUGAUAACACGAGGACUCGAUCAUCGGAUUCCAGCCUCCCUGCGGCAGAAUCGUAUUCUUUGGGACGCAUUUUUAUCAGUUUUUUUUUUUUUUUUUUUUUUUAUUUGUCACCAAGAAGAAGAUGAGGAAAAGGAAAAGGAAAUGGAAAUGGAAAAGGAACAAAGUUAGGGAACAGGAUCGAAAAGCAUUUUAGGAGGGAAACGGUUAAGGCUGGCUUUUAUUUCAUUUGAGAUCAGUCAUCGUCCAGUCAUUGGAAUUGAUUAUUAACAUGUUGUACAGAAUUCAACUGAGAUGUAUCGUUACUGUAAUUAUGUCGUGCUUUUUAGAACCGGUGCCUUUUACAAGUAACUAGUCGAUUGUUGCUGACCGAAAACAAUCCUACGUAUUAAUUCGAUGUAUAGAUAAAACGUCGUAAUUCCUUCCGAACGUUAUUUAUAAUUAUAUAAGAGGUACACACAUAAGAGGUCAAACUGCAUAAUGAAAUGACAAGACAAAACAUCACAACAAACUUUUCUAGGGUCUAUAGUUAGUGAUUAGUUCUUAUUGGUUUUUUUUUUCUUUGUUUUUUUACUAUCUUCUUUUUUAUACGCAUACUUUUUACUUGUAUCCAAUUUAUAACAUAUCGGAGUGAUGGUGUCUGUAAUAGAUAAAUAAUACAUUUCGUUGGGAAAUAACGAAGCGUAUAGUCGAUACGAAAUAUACUUAUAAACGUUAUCGUAAAAAUUUAUACGAUUUCUUAGGGUGCAUUUACAUAUUCGAGUAUAAAAUAUGUCGUGAUACGUAAUCCCUCGUGGUUUCGAAAUGCUAAUUAUUGUUCGUUACCGCGUGAUCAUCACAUUUUUCAUUAGUUUAUUUUUUCCAAUUAGUAUCACAGUAGAUUUCAUUUUGAAUUGAAAGUGAAAUGGUUGAAAAGAGAUUUAGACGAAAGAUUUUUUUCAGUACUUUUAGCCAUGACAUUAGGGAAGAAAAAAUAAUUGUCACGGAAAAAGUACGGAAAACCGGGCAAUUCGAGAUAAUUAAAUAAAAUUUUUACUCGUCAAAUUUUUACUGUAUAUUUUCGCAAUGCAAAUAGUGGCUACAAUUAUUCUGUGAA